AUGAGGUCAUCUACCCCGGCCGUUGUUCUCGGCUUCCUGUCCUCCCUCUCCUUCGCCGCCCCUCUGCUCGACGUCUCACUCAAUGCCGCCGACUGGACCAAGCAGGAGUGGGAUGCCAUCGUUGUGGGUGCCGGACCCGCCGGUAUCAUUGUGGCCGACAGGCUCAGCGAGGCCGGCAAGAAGACGCUCCUCCUGGAAGACGGAGGCAAGUCCUACGGCAUCGUUGGCGGCACCGACCGGCCUGAGUGGUUGAGCGGCACUAACCUCAGCCGUGUCGAUGUUCCUGGUCUCUACAAGAGCAUCUUUGCCGACGGAGGCAACCUGACCUGCGGCAGCCGCGUCAACGCCUACGGAGGCUGCACCAUUGGCGGCUCGUCCGCCAUUAACGCCGGUCUCUACUUCCAGCCCCCGGCAUCCGAUUGGGACGACUUCCACCCGGAGGGCUGGAAGAGCGCCGACGUGCAGGCCGCCACGCAGCGCCUGUACAAGCGCCAGGCGUCAGUCGAGCAGUACUCGAUGGACGGCAAGUACUACCUGCAGUCGGGCUACGAGGCUGCCCGCAAGUGGAUCGUCGACAGCGUCGGUUACUCGGAUGUUGUCAUCAACGACGCCGCGGACCAGAAGUUCCAGGUUUUUGGCAGGCCUUCUUACGACUACGCCAAUGGCCAGCGCGGCGGCCCGACCACUACUUACCUGCAGACUGCGCUCAGCCGUGACAACUUCCAGCUGCAGACUGGCGUGCGCGUGCAGCGCGUCGCCCGCACCGGCGCCAAGGCAACCGGCGUUGUCGCCACCGUCGAUGGCAGCGAAGUCACCAUUCCGCUUUCUGACUGCGGCCGCGUUGUGCUCAGUGGUGGUGCUGUGCAGUCGCCGCAGCUGCUCAUGUACUCGGGUAUUGGUGAUGAGGAGACCCUGACGCGCCUGGCGGCCGGGGGCAUCCUCAAGGAGGGUCCUGAGGCCUGGAUCAACAACACAGCUGUCGGAGCACGUCUAUUUGACAACCCUAAUACUUUUAUUGAAAUCCAAGGGCCUGCGCUGUCUUCUUACACUCACAGUUAUGCCUCGCCUCCAGUUUCGGACGAGCAGCUGUACCUGGAGCACCGCUCGGGCCCCUACUCCUUCGCCUCCCAAACCAGCGUUUUCUGGACCUACAUCAACCACACGGAUGGCAGCAUUCCCACUGGCGUGCAGGGAACCAUCGACAGUGCCGGCUACAGCGACUGGAACGGCAACAAGACCAUCACCCUCAACGUUUACGGAACCUCAGGCCUCCUCUCUGAGGGCCGCGUCGUGCUCGAUGACAAGUUCAUUGCAGGCCCUAGCGAUGACGUCUACUACAGCGACAAGAACAACCGCGACGCUGAUGACAUCGCCCAGUUCAUCCACGACAUCUUCGCCAAGCUGCCCGCCGACCUGGAGCCCAUGAACAUCAAGCGCAACGCCACCAAGGAAGAAAUCCGCACCUACAUCACCACGCCUUCGGCUUACGCGAGGGGAAUGGUCAACCACUGGAGCAGCAGCUGCAGGAUUGGCGAGUGUGUUGAUGAGAAUGCCAUGGUGAAGGGCACCGAGAACAUUCACGUUGUGGAUGGUAGCAUUGUUGCCCCUCUGACUGUCAACCCGCAGUUCGGUAUUAUGGUCGCCGCGGAGAGGGCUAGUGAGUUGAUUAAUGCUUUGUAA